AAUUCUGGCAUGCAUGGUCGGACAUUAUAGCUAGCUUCUUUUCUUUUGUUUGUUAGGUAUUACCCAUAUUAUAUUACAAUGCACGCACUGAUCGUAAAUAAUAUAAUACCUCAGCCAUCCUCCAUCCUCAACUCACUCUCGAUCUAGUCCGUGAUAGCUUGCAUAUUUUGAAAUCUCCGCCGUCUCUAGGCCGGCCGGCCGGCCAUCUCUCUGAGCUAGCUAGCUUAGGUUCUGAUCGAUAUGUCUAUGGUGGAGGUUAGAGUUCCAAACUUGGAUUGCGAAGGAUGUGCUGCUAAGCUAAGAAAAGCUCUUUUCAAGCUCAAAGGAGUGGAUGAUAUAGACAUAGAAAUGGAGACACAGAAAAUCACGGUGAGAGGGUACGGACUUGAAGAGAAGAAGGUGGUAAGGGCUAUUAAGCGAGCAGGCAAGGCGGCGGAGCCAUGGCCUUACCCGGUGGGUUACUCCCAUCUGGCUUCGUUUUACCAGUAUCCCAAUCACAUUGCCGCCGGUUACUACGACUCCAUUUCCUCCAGAAACGUGGCCGCCCCCAGUGUGCAUACCUUCUUCCACACUCCUGCUGUCUACUCCGUCGCCGUGGCUCCCGACGAGGCUGUUGCUUCUCUUUUCAGCGAUGACAAUCCACAUGCCUGCGCUAUUAUGUGAUCCUAGCAGCUUCCAUCCUUAAUUGCUACCUAGUCCUACCAAUAAAUCUACAAGUUUU